AUGCUGUCUGUACUGCGAUUGACGGCCCAGGCGGCCAGGACGAGGUCCACACAGUCUGUGGUGCCUUGUGCCCGCUCGCUCGCCCUCACCCAUGGCCCCACACGCACCAGCACUUGCACUUCUCUCUUCACUGCCCGUUCCUUCCACGCAUCCGCCCCAGCCAUGAGGACCCUGAAUCAGUCUAUGCGCAACACGUACAAGAAGCCGGCGCGGGAAACAAAGGCUGCCGCUCUCGAGGGCUGUCCACAGCGCAAAGGCGUUGUCAGCCAGGUCGUGAUCGCGAAACCGAAGAAACCCAACUCAGCCAAGCGUAAAGUCGCGAGGGUGAAGCUUUCGAACGGGAAGACUGUACAGGCGUACAUUCCUGGAGAGGGCCACAACCUCCAGGACCACAGCGUUGUGUUGAUCAGGGGCGGGCGUACACAAGAUUUGCCUGGUGUUCGCUACAAGGUGGUGCGUGGUGCGCUCGACUUCGGGCCCGUCGUGGGCAGGACAACGUCGCGGAGCAAGUAUGGAGGUGCGUGCUCUAAUUUUUUCAUACCCGCGGUGAACUGA